GCCUAGUUUUCCAGUUGAUUUCGGCAAUGUCUGUCACGGCAAGCUCCCGCGAUCCAGAACCCCGGCAGCACACUACCGGGGAAUUUUCGAACGGUUUUUGUCGAAUGGGGAUGUGUCUGAAGAACGAGAAAUGGAUCGCCAUGGCGUUUCUCUUGAUCCACUUGGUCGCUAUUCUGUUUUUCACUCGUGGGUUUCUGCUUACUCGGACAGAGCUUCCUUUUCACAGUACUUGCUCCGACGUCUCCCUCUCUCCUUGCCUCGCUUCUCCACCUCCCGAUCAUGUUUCGAACUCGAUAUCGGGUUCGAAUUUGUCUCAAAGCGGUGGCAAUCUUCAUCAACAGCCGAAAUGUUGGACCAAGCCGGCUGUUGAUCGUGUUAUCAUCAUUGUCUUGGACGCUCUCAGAAUCGAUUUUGUGGCUCCGAGUUCUUUCUUCCCAGAACCAAAACCAUGGAUGGACAAGUUACCCAUUCUGCAGAAACUUGCAUAUGCUAACGGGUCAUCUGCUAAGAUCUUCAAGGCUUAUGCUGAUCCUCCAACUACCAGUUUGCAGCGUCUCAAGGGCUUGACGACUGGUGGGUUGCCUACUUUUAUCGAUGUGGGGAAUAGUUUUGGUGCUCCUGCCAUUGUUGAGGAUAACUUCAUCAAUCAGCUAGUGCAAAACGGGAAAAGAGUAGUGAUGAUGGGUGAUGAUACAUGGACGCAGUUGUUCCCCAACCAAUUUGCAAAGGCAUACCCUUUCCCUUCCUUCAAUGUUAAAGACCUCAACACGGUGGACAAUGGAUGCAUUGAGCACCUAUUCCCAUCCCUUUAUGAAGAUGAUUGGGAUGUUCUUAUUGCCCAUUUUCUCGGAGUGGAUCAUGCAGGACACAUAUUUGGUGUGGAUUCCAUCCCAAUGAUAGAAAAAUUGGAGCAGUAUAAUGCAGUUUUAGAGAAAGUAGUUCAGAUACUCGAGAGCCAGGCAGGGCCAGGUGGGUUGCAUGAGAAUACUCUUCUGAUUGUCAUGGGUGAUCAUGGGCAGACGUUAAAUGGGGAUCAUGGGGGAGGGAGUCCCGAGGAGGUAGAAACAUCCAUGUUUUCCAUGAGCCUAAGGAAGCAUACAUCUCCAGUUCCACAAGAGUUUGAUACAUCAUCUUGUAAACAAGAUUCGGACGGGAAGCAGAUUUGUGUCAGCUCCAUUGAGCAGCUUGAUUUUGCGGCCACAUUAUCAGCUUUGCUUGGGAUAUCAUUUCCUUUCGGAAGCAUUGGGCGUGUGAAUCCUGAGCUGUAUGCUCUAGGCUCUAGCAGCUGGAAUAUUGAAAAUGAUGGGAACCAGUCAGUUAGUAAAAAAUGGAUUGCGGAUUAUGUGGAUAUCCUCUGCACAAAUGCUUGGCAGGUGAAAAGAUAUAUAGAUGUUUAUUCAAAUUCAUCAGUUGUGGGUUUCUCUUAUGAUGAUUUGUCGAGGAUAUCAGAUUUAUAUUCUCGAGCAGAAGAGAAUUGGUCUAAUUCCAUCAAAGAUAUGUUGGUGGAUGGAGAUAAAAAUGGCAGUUCAAAUAUAUCUGCCCUGACAAAGCAGAUAAUGGCAUAUUUGGAUUUCUUCUCAAGUGUAGUUGAACUGGCCCGAUCCAAAUGGACAGAGUUCAAUCUGAAGUUGAUGAUUACUGGCUUCGGGAUAAUGGUUAUAUCACUUUUUCUUCAACUUCUUAUUAUUUUGCCCGGCCCCAAAUCACAUGGAAUGGAUUCUGGGGCAUUUGUUGGCUUGGCUUUCACUCUCUCUAUUGUUUUGAUACGUGCUUGCAGCUUUCUUUCGAACAGCUAUAUUUUGGAAGAAGGUAAAGUUGCAAAUUUUCUCCUGGCGACAACUGGCCUUAUCAAGCUGCAGUACUCAAUUAUGAGAAAAACAAUGGUGAAAGAAGCGGUAACAUUUCUAGCAACGGUUUUCGCUCUCAGAAUUUCUAUAGAUAUUGGGUUAACAAAGCAAGCUGCCACCUCUCAGUUCAUGAGUAGUUCGCCUUCAUGGAUGCUUGGCAUGGUUCCAGGCCAUCCAAUACUGACACUAGUCUCUGAUAUUGCACCAGUUCUAUCACUGAUUAUUCUGAUUUAUAUGCUCUACAAGGCGAUUAACCGGACCUCCUGUGUGGGAAUUUGGAAGUAUGUUACUGUUGGAAGUAUAAUAAACUAUUUUCUCGUAGCAAUGCAAUGGGCUUCCGAAAGCAAGAUGCUUGGUCUUGAUGUGUUGCUUCAGCGGCUUGGAAGAAACCGCAUCCCGCAAGCAGUAUAUGGCAUCGGAUUAGUGCAGCUCUUCCUUUUAGCAUUUGCUCGUAUAUUUUGUGCAAUAAAAGUUACAUAUGGCAGCAAGAGCUGGACCGUCAAAACGGUUGCAAUGGUAUCUGCAUGCAGCUCAACAGUAAUUCUCCUGUCCGGGCGGCAAGGAUCAAUGCUUGCUUUGGCAUACAUUCUUGGUGGCUAUUGUAUAAUGAGGUUGGAGGGUAUAGAGAGAAACCAAUCAGGAAAAGGGAACAACAGGUUUCAGAAUUUGAACCCUCUUGCUGUGGUGCAAUGGAGCCUUCUUUCCGUCUGUAUGUUUUUCGCCAGUGGUCACUGGUGUGCUUUCGAUGGCUUACGAUAUGGAGCUGCAUUCGUGGGGUUUGACGAGUUUGUUCUUAUCCGACAAGCCAUCCUUCUGACCAUCGAAACAUUCGGGUUCUCAAUCAUCCUCUCCGUGUUUGGACUCCCUCUACUCAUGCCACUCCAUUCCCCAACCAAGCGACUUUUUCGAAUGUGUAUGCUCUAUGGACUUGUCAAUGCAACUACUGUCACAGCCACCAUUCUCUGUGUCACCAUCCAGAGAAGACAUCUAAUGGUAUGGGGUUUGUUUGCUCCCAAGUUUGUCUUUGACGUUGUUGGUCUCAUCCUCACUGAUGUCUUGAUCUGCGUAGCCUCUGCUUUCUAUUUCGAUUAACGUUAUAGCCAAGAGGAAGAAUGAGUCUUCGGUAGGAUAUUCGAUUAGCAACUGUGGGAUUAUGACAGUUUUGAGGGACAAAAAACAAUUCAUUAAUGAUAGAAUCAUAGAACCAGAGAACGGAUUUUCAGGUUAUAUUACAAGGCCUCUGGGCAAUAUGUUGUUUUCC